CGGAGAACAUGGUCUGCAAGAAGGACGGCGCCCAGUGGAAAAUGCUUGACAAAAGCGACAACUCCGAACAGGACGCAUAUGGAUGUGCCAGGUUUGAAAUCGUCAAAGUUGAAAUAGUUUGUCAUGCAUAAUUAAAACGCAUACCAGUUAGACCUACAGUUUGUAGUCGGUGCAUGACAAAUUUUCCCGGUCCUGGAAGCGCGUCUGUCAUGCGGUUUAGGGAAAAGGAGCUGCCUUCUGUCAUGCUAGUUAGCAGUCCAACUCUACUUGACCCUUACCAGGGCUAUAAUCUGCCUCCCGUGGGUCCUCUGCAAUAGAGUCACUUUUGUAUCGCAUUUUAUGCAUGACAAACUAUUUCAACUUUGAUGAUUUAAAUACUGACGCUUCCAUAACGCACCUACCGGCGCAGCGGGUCACUGCGACUGCACCCCGGACGUGGACCUUGGAAAAGUCGGGGGCUAUUCUGAGUAAAAGCCUCCCCACACCAGACUUGUCAUAAAGAGUUGCAAAGACAGGAAGACUUGUAAUGUGCAUCCCCAUGAGAGCCAUUUCCUAUGUAUCUUCAUGCUUUAGCAUUUAUAAUGUUGCUGUAAAUACUAGGACUGUAAGGAGAUGGCUUUGUGAUGCGGGUUUCCUUGCUAGUAACCUGCACCACAAUACUAAUACAAAGAAAAACUUGUCAUGCGUGAUUCCCAUAUCCGCAGUAGCACAGUCUGUUUAUGUCAUGCGUGAUUCCCAAAACUUCUGAAUUUGUUUUUCAUGGGUCGUAGGGGUGUUUUUGCUCAGGAUAGGACCACGCCGGACUUUACGCAAGCGACAAACGGGUGCGGCGCCGUCGUCGGGGUGAGCACCGCGGUUACACCGCCUUGCAAUCAGAUUACCGGAAAGUGCCUGGUUCCGGACGGCACGAACGGCAUGCACACCUGCGGCACCAUCGGCCCCGAAGAAAUGGCCGCUGCGACCUUGGCGAAAGACAUCCCAGCAAGUCCCGGGAAUCCCGUAUCAAAUGUAAAAAUGUCUGGGUAUGGAAGAUUGCCAGGUUUGUCAUGCAUAUUUUGAAUGACCAAUGAUGUCUGUGAUGCAUGCUCUAGCAUCGCAGAUUUUUCGAGCGCUUUGCGAUGCCUGUACCGCAUGACAAAUGUCCUCUCCGCGUAGCACAGAGUGGAGUCCUCUUGGUGCUGGUCAUGCAAUACAAAUCUUUUUAGAAUCCAAAGAUAGCAUCACAAGUUCAGAAUCUUCCAGACCCAGACAUUUUUACACUUGAUAUCCCGCCAAUGAAGUCGACAACUCGGCUUUUGCCCCCAAUCACUUCUAUAUGAGAGGAGCGCGCAACUAGAACUUACUACUCCCCCUCGUUCUGCAUUUCUUAAAGUAAAAACGCUUCCCAGGAGGUAGUAGACCAGCGAUCAAGAAUAGUAACUAAUAGAAGUACAACUAGUUCCAACUUCUACAUGGAGCUUGUGCAGCACGAUGAGUUCUUGUUCGCGCGUGGAGUGAAGCACCGCCCGGGACGAGGGUCAACAUUCCGGAACAUGAAAACGGUGGAGCUGCUAGAAGGCAGGAAGCGGCUUAUUUGGUAUCUUGCAUGACAAACGAGGGGGAGGUGGCGCAUCAGUUGUGAGCUCUCAUAUUCUACGAUGACACGUACGCCGCGGUGCACGUGUAUCGUGAGGAAAAAAUCUGUAAAAGUGUAAAUCUGUGUUGCAGAGGAUGGAAGACACUUACACCUGUCAUGCUGGACGUGCAUCAGAGGUUUGUUCCGUCCGUCGUCGUCGUGUUUUCACUGAUACUAGCCGCGCAUGAGAGGUUUUCUCUGUGUCAUGCAGAGUCCUCACAUUUGUGUUGCUUUUCCUCCAAGAAAGUCAAAGUUACACUUACACACGUUUUUUCUUGGAUAACCUGCCACGCGUGAUCUGCGACCCACCCGUCGUAUGGUGUUCUCGAGAGUUAGACUCAUCGCUGCUAGAUGAUUUGUCAUGCAAAAUUACGACAAGCAGGAACUGGAACAGCCACAGCCUUCACAUAAAAAUCUUCAAGCAACUUCGCACGACAAGUUCUCUGCUUUCGCGUUUGGUAUUGGUUUUGCUAUAACAGUAUUUACGCACAUGUAAGUAACAGCGAUCUAUGUAACGUUCGAGAACAACUUCAUACGCUGGAGAGGCCAGAUGGGUGUGGAUCAUGCUGCCCAGCGGGACAGCCGAACAGCUGACAAGGCAGCUCCGCAUUACCGAGCUGGCAGCCUGUAUCCGAUCGUGGGAAGAAAGUGUUUGUUCUUUGGCACCUCCGUGAUGCUUUAUUUGGACUAGAAUACAACUCGGCGCACCAUGUACAGUACAUGUUGUGAAGCUUGCAACUUUGCAUGAAGACACCAGACACAGUCUGCCAUUUGUGCGUCCACCUCGGGUGGACGAAAUAAACGCCGGCACUACAGAAAAUUCAGUCAUGUCGCGUAUUCCUAGCAAGACAGAAUUAUCCUUGACACCUUCUCUGCGUCACAGGAUCAGAGGGACGAACAACCAGCUUUUUCCUGUGAUUGUCUUUGGACGCACGACCCUACAGCAGGACACCGAUUCUGGCAGCGUCUGACAAGGUGCUGGUAGGAAAUGGAAAUGCACUUUGCAGUGAUUGCAGGACCACAGUAGUACUUACUUCUACCACUGUCCGUUGGAAGUACAACCCCUGGGCUGGGUGCAACUGCAUCGGGGAUCGGAAGAUGAGAGCAGCGGGAACGAACUCGCUAGUGCCAUCAUGCUGGUGCAAAAUACAUGCCAGUUCUAUCUAAACAGCUACUGCAUCUGUUUCGAAAAGGGACACCAAAAUAAAAGAAAAAGCAACAUACAAGAAGUUACGAAGUAAAGAACUUUAUAAAGAUCAUGAAAAAAGAAGAUUUUAUCUAAAGCAAAGUCGCACAGAAACAAGAGCGACGAGGACGAGCUCGAGCAAACCGUCUUUAGUUUUUUUCUUUUGGACAAAUUCAAAUACCUCCUCAUUUUUUUUAAAAAGCACCCGCAAAAACCUUUCCAAAGUUAAAGAUCAGGAUGGACAGCAGUCAACUACCACCUAGACGCUUGAGGAUGCUGAGAUCCUGCUUGAAGAUGCGUAGUAUUGAAACGUUUUUCGUGAAAAAAGAAACAUGACGAUUACAGAUGUCUUAUAGCCUUUUUAUGUUUUUUUAGCAAACAAUAAUGUGCCGCUUGUAUAAUAGAAUCGAGUAUAAUCCUGGUCAACAUUCAUGCCGAGCAUGAACUUGAACCCCUGGUGACGAGAAAAAUGAAAAAAGAGAUGGUGCUAUAUACCAAUCAUAGAUAUUGAAAAUGAACAAAUAGGCCGCUAGAUUUUGAUAGUUGGAUGAGACCUAAAAACAAGCGCCUAGCUCCUACGACACAAGAACUCCUCGUCGUGGUCACGCCGACCCUCAGCAGGACGAGCACACUUGUUGAACAAGAACCCCUCAAUGUUCGACAGGUCUCUUGUUGUCGUUGCGCAUGAACAGGCUGGAGGGUAGGUGAAUAUGCUUAUGCUCCUAGAGAACACUGGACCUUCUGGAUAAAGAACAAGUAAAGAAUCAU